UGUGUUUGUCUAUGGUGUCAUGUGAUGGUGAGAAGACGACUGAUUGUGUGAAUGAAUAGAACUUAUUUCAGAUCCAAUUCAUUUUAUUGUCACGUCACAAUAUAUACACAAAAGAUGCACACAAAGUAAAGAUUAUACAUACAAGUUAUACAAAAGAACACGAAACGGGUGAUGGCAGACGUUACUUGUGUGAUAGUGUGACCGUAUCCUCCGGGGUGAUGGUCUCUGAUAUAUCUGGUAUGCUUAUUUAAAAUAUACAUAAAAUUUAAAUACAAGAUGUAAAACUUAAAUUGUAUUAUGAAUAUUACCUAAAUUGUGUGGUAAGCGUAUAACGAAAAAGUAUAUAAUUUUCCAUACUAAUUAUUUAGAUGAGUUCUAUCCUCGGUAUCAUACAAAAAACUUCAGUAUCAUCAGUUUUUAAAAAGGAAACAAUUCUAUUACAUAUUAAUAUUACCAUGGUAAACUGUAGUAAAAUGUAUACGGAAGUACAUUGUUUUUUUAGGGAAGUAGUGUAAUUAUAUAGUAUAAGAUAAUUAGUAUACAAUGGUGUUGUGUGGGAUUGAGUUUACAUUCAGGCAUUAUCAGACACUUUUAUCCAAGAAUUAUGAAACUAUGAAGCAACCUACUGUAAGACAGGGAUGCAAUAAUACAAGCAGUGCUAUGAGUUAUCAAGCUCCACAAUGCUAGAACAACACCUGAGAGAGAAAAGAGGUCGUUUUUCCUGUCAAUAAACUGUAUAAUAUUUACUAUAGCAAGGUUCCAAAACACUGUAGGCUAUAGUGUCUAAUUUUACUACAAUUUACCAUAGUAAAUAUUAGGCUGUAGUAUGCUACGCUAUUUUUCCUGUGGUUAGAGACUGUAUAUGCUUCAUGAAUAAAAAGAUGAAGAUGAAGUCUAGCACAAAUACUGAAAACAUCUUAAGUGUGGCGUAUGCGCCUGCGCCUGUGUCCGGUCACAUCCUCCUUCCAGACAGGUCUCGUAACACGUGCUCUCACUAUCGAAACGCACUAAACCACUCGACCCAGUGACCUUUUAAAGACCCCGGUCAAGCAAGACGCGCAGAGGUUGACCGCCGAGCUCAGGUGCGCGUCGCCCCAGACAGGUACAUUCCUGUCUGGAAGUUUGAGACAGAUCAGUUAUGCUUCCUCUAUAAAUACCGAUCCCGGGUCAUGGAUGACACAGAGCUGAUAUUCAAGAACGGACAAGAUGCAGUCCCGUCAAGCUGAUGAGAAGGAGGGCAUCCCUGCACCGGACGGGUGCUUCCUCAUGUGGCACGACUACAUGGAUCUGCGGAAAACUCUGUCGGAGCUGGUCAAGGAAGAGUCCGACGGUGAUGCUGUGACGCAGGAUCCUGACGUCGUGAAACCCCGCCCCCCGUCCCAGGGCAUCGGAUCUGCGGGCAGCAGCGUGUCCUCGAACCCGGGCCAGCGGAGCCCCAGCGACACCUGCGGCUUCUGCAAGCAAAACGGAGAGAGUGUGGAGAUUUACACGAGCCACAGACUUAAGAGCAAAGACGGACAAGUCCUCUGCCCGGUCUUGAGGAAUUACGUGUGUCCUUUCUGCUCGGCCACCGGGGACAGGGCGCACACCCGGCAGUACUGCCCCGUGAGGAACAACUCUCACCACAUGAAAGAACACUAAACGGCUGUUUGCUUUCGAUGUGAACCUGUGAUUUUCUGUUGCUCUGUUUCAGACGGUUUGAUAUAAAUAUGUAUGUUCAAAUACAUCAUGUUCAUGUUUUCCUCAUCUGCAUGUUUGUAAAAGUUAUGGUUCGGUUACAAAUGAAGAUAUUUUUCUAUGGCAUUAAAACAAGCUUUACGUGUUUAAUUGCAUUUGGCAGGUUUGCUAUUAUUAUUAAAAAAACAAAUGGUUUUGAAAAUCUGUUGCUGUUGUUAUUUAUUUUGCUUAGUUGCCCUACACAUGCAAACUCAAGCAACUUUAUAUUCUGACAAUCAAAAUUUGAAAAUGAAAAAAAUCCAAAUUCAUGGCGAACCUAAAUAUAGGCUAUUUUAACACAAUGUUUUAAUAUAAGUCUUAAAAACUUUCUACUUAAUCUUGUUCGC